CAAACUUUUCAGUCAAAAUUUAUUAUUUCAAAGCACUCUCCAAUAGGAUAAGCUUGUGUCCUCCCAGUGGUUGGUUCUAUCUCUCCUCUUCCUGGUAAAGGUUCAAUCUUCUUGUUGCCAGCUUUUGUACAUGCCAGUUUAUAGCAACCUUUACCGCUUCUUUUAACCAAAACCCCCCCUUUUAUCUCAAGAAAAAUGGCCCCUUCUGGAAGGACGACAACAACAACCUCAAAAACAAAGACUACAACAACUACAACAAGAAGAAGAACAAGACAGCAUAGAAGAACACACUUCAUACAGAAGAAGAAGCAUACACAGAGCAAAAAACAAGAGAUAAGUACUGUUUUGCCCUCUAGCUGCUCCUCAAUAAGCUCACAAGGUUCUACAAAGGAAAGGGACAUGGAUAUUUCUGAGGUAAUUGAUGUCUCUAACAGUGCAUGCUCCACCCCAAAGGGUCACAAAUUUCGGAUACCAGAGAUUUCAACAUGCCCUCCAGCACCAAAGAAGCCAAGGGUACUUUCAAAUUGCUCUUUGAGAAGGUCACCACUAUCAUUCUUUGCACCCCCUGACUUGGAGCUCUUCUUCUUGGUUGCACUUCGAGAUGUUUCUGUUUGA